ACAAAUGUGCGCUCAAGAAGUGUGGUGGCAAUGGCACAUGCACCAAGGACAGCAAUGGAGUGCCAUCCUGUGUGUGUGACGCGGGCUUUGUUCUUAAAUAUGACAACAGGACAUGCAUUGACAAAUGUGCGCUCAAGAAGUGUGGUGGCAAUGGCACAUGCACCAAGGACAGUGCUGGAGUGCCAUCCUGUGUUUGUGACGCGGGCUUUGUUCUUAAAUAUGACAACAGGACAUGCAUUGACAAAUGUGCGCUCAAGAAGUGUGGUGGCAAUGGCACAUGCACCAAGGACAGCAAUGGAGUGCCAUCCUGUGUUUGUGACGCGGGCUUUGUUCUUAAAUAUGACAACAGGACAUGCAUUG